GACCUACAUAGAAUGUACAAUUUAUGUAAACAAUACAAAUUUAGAACUUAACACAUGUUGAUUAGUCCUGAGUUAUAGAGGUUAUGUCUCUGCCUCACUAUAUAAAUGUAAAGUAAACACUACACAGCUGUAGGACUGGGCCGUCUGGGAAUGAAAGAUCUCGCCCUCCCCUACUGAUCACAUGGCUCUGCCAUUUACUCAGGUUGCAAGGGGCUGGCCCUCACACUCGCCUCGGACUGAAACUGUGUGCUUGUGUGACAUUGUGUCUGGGUUGUGUGUGUGUGUGUGUGUGUAAGAGGAGAGAGAGGGAGAGAGCGAGAGGGAGAGAGAGAGAGAGAAAGAGAGAGAGAGAGAUGCACCUGUGCCCUUGCACCUUCCCUUUCAGGAGCCAUACUGAAGGAGAGGUUUAGACAGACUAUCAAGAACAGUCGGAGAGAACAGAGAAAGAACUCACUGAAAUUACAGAGCAACAUGAUUUUCAUAAGAGAGCACAUGUUACAUUGUACCAUCGCCUGACACCUGACAUUGCUGGGACACUGUUGCGUCUGAAGUGACUGGCUUUCAAGAGGACAGAGGAACCACCAGCCCUUCAUUAUUUAGGUCUCUGCUUUCAGUUCCUGUUCGUUGUCAUGGCCGACCCAUCCUGGUGGAAACUGACCUUCCUGCGCAAGAAAAAGUCUGAGGCUAAAGUCCUGUAUGAGAUCCCGGCCGAGUUUACCUGCAACACGGACAACAAGGAUGUCCCAUGUUCUGACCCCACGGACAGCCAGUUCAAUGCCAGGCUGGAGAAGAUCGUGGACAAGUCUGCCACCAAGGGCCGCCAUGUCAAGGUCUCCCACUCCGGCAGGUUUAAGGAGAAGAAGAAGAUCCGUGCCACGCUGGCCGAAAACCCCAACCUCUUCCCCGAACACAACAACAUGGCCGACGAGAACCACGUGACAACCACAGACUAACUCACUCCAAAAAAAACACAGACUAAUGUUGACAUAAACACUCAAACAUUUAUGAAAUUUUUGUAUGCAGAUGUAUAAGUGUGUGCUGUUAUGUGUAGAUAUACAGAAUGAUUCACAGGACUAAAGCUUUAUUCACGCACUUAAAUUAAUGAGAAAUGAUAUGUGACUGCUCCUCACUUAUACUGGAAGACACUGGGAUGUCCUUUUGUACUGUGUACAGUAAGUCUGUAACACAGGGGAGGUGUUCAUUUACAUACUCACUCACAAAGGCUUUUUGAUUAGUAUCCUAUUUCUUGAUAGCAUGGGACCUUUCCUGAUCUUUCCAUCAGCUGGGGAUUUCUGCAAGACAAUUGCAUAGUGUUGAUCAUGUGUAUAGUUCUCCACAUGUAUGGUGGGUGAGUACUGUUGUCACGCAUUACAUGAUUACGACUGUUUGUGCUCUUGCCUAGCCCAGUCAAAGAAAUGAAGUACAGUUGAUGGGAUGCUGAUUGCAGUGCUUGUUAAUGCUUCAGUGAAUGACAUGAUGAUGUUGGGGCUUGUUUAGGUAGCCUCCUCUCCACUCCAGUUUUAUCUAACUGAGAUUACUCUUAUCUCAGUUUCAGGGAUAGCCGCAUCAUUUUACUCUGACAAUCAGGGAGUGGUUGGGAGGGAACUGGCUAUCGCAGGUGGAUAUAUUUAUGAUCACUGGAGUGAGAUUAAGAGGGUACCCCUCUUGCUGUUUGUCUGGAAGUCUAGCAUCAUUUGUUCGAACCUCUGAAAGAACCUUUAAAGAAGACUUUUCAUAAAAUCAUCUACAAGUGAUGUGUGUCACACACAUA